AGAAAAAUGGCUGGAGCUUUGAUCGGAGAGGCCUUUAUCUCUACUUCCAUCAGGAUGUUGUGUGACAAAAUUGCUUCACGCGAGUUCAUUGAUUUAUUUCGGCAGAAGAAACUCGAUCAACCUCUCCUCAUGAAACUGAAGAGGACGCUGUUGACCUUGAACGUAGUGUUGGAUGAUGCAGAGGAGAAGCAAAUUGAGAAACCAGCUGUGAGAGAGUGGCUUGAUGAGCUCAAACAUGCAGUCUUUGACGCGGAGGACUUACUGAAUGAGAUCAACUAUGAAGCUUUGCGAUGCAAGCUGGAAGGUGAAGGUCAAACUGACAAUUUAACCAAUAAGGUGUGGAACUUCCUCCCUACUUCUCGUAAUAAAUUUUAUCAAAGCAAGAAUGCUAAGAUACAAGAGUUAUUACGAAAACUAGAAGACUUUGUACACCUGAAAAGUGCUCUUGGUUUGACAGAGGUUGUUGUGAGGAAGGUUUCACAAAGAACUCCGACAACUUCCUUGGUUCAUGAACCUUGUGUAUAUGGUAGAGAUGAAGUCAAAGAAAAUUUAUUAAAAGUCCUGUUAUCUGAUGAUGCAAGCAAGGAUGAUGUGUCUGUCAUCACCAUUGUUGGAAUGGGCGGGGUUGGCAAGACAACCCUUGCUCGACUGCUUUACAAUGACGAUAAGGUGAAAGAGAAUUUUACACUUAAAGCUUGGGCUUGUGUUUCAGAAGACUAUGAUGCUAUCAGGGUAACUAAAACUCUUUUUGACUCAGUUACUUCAAAACCCUGUAAUACGACAGAUCUGAAUUUGCUUCAAGUUAAACUAAGAGAGCAACUGAGGGGAAAGAAAUUUUUAUUUGUGUUGGAUGACGUUUGGAAUGAGAAAUAUACUGAUUGGAACUGCCUCCAAACUCCUUUUACUUCAGGGGCAAGGGGAAGUAAAGUCCUCGUAACAACACGGAACAAAAAUGUAGCAUCUUUCAUGCAAAACGUUCCUAUUCAAACCUUGGAACCAUUGUCGCAUGAAGAUUGCUGGUUAUUACUUGCGAAACAUGCGUUUGGAAAUGUAAACUGUAGUGAACAUCCAAGCUUGGAAGAAAUCGGCAUGAAAAUUGCACGCAAGUGCAAUGGGUUGCCUUUAGCUGCACAAACACUUGGCGGUGCGUUACGUUCCAAGCUAGACUUUGAGGUAUGGAACAAAGUACUAAACAGCAGCAUUUGGGAGUUACCUUACCAGAAAAGUGACAUUCUUCCCGCUCUAGAAUUGAGUUAUCAUUAUCUUCCAGCUAAAUUAAAACGAUGCUUUGUUUAUUGUUCAAUUUUGCCGAAGGACUAUGAAUUCAAGGUAGAAGAAGUUAUUUUUCUUUGGAUGGCAGAAGGUUUAAUUCCCCAAGUUGAGAAUGGGGAAAUAAUGGAAGAGAUGGCUAAGGAAUAUUUUGAUGAAAUGUUAUCCCGAUCAUUGUUUCAAACGUCGGGGAAGUCAAGUUUCACUAUGCAUGAUCUCAUAAAUGACUUGGCCGUGUUCAUGUCUAAAGGAUUUUGUUCCAGGUGGGAAGGGAGGGAAUCACAUGAAGUGGAAAAAGUUCGCCAUUUGUCAUAUGCGAGGGGAAAAUUUGAUGAUGCUCUUAAAUUUGAGCCAUUAAAGGGGGCUAAGUGUUUGCGGACCUUCCUACCUCACUCUUUAAAUCCAUAUUACUCUUACGAAGAGUAUUAUCUAAGUAAAAAGGUUCUACAAGAUUUGUUGCCAUCACUCAGAUGUUUACGGGUGUUAUCAUUGUCACAUUAUUGGAAUGUCACUCAGUUGCAUGAUUCUAUUAAAAAUCUCAUUCAGUUGCGUUAUUUGGAUCUCUCUGACAUUACUAUUGUCAAAUUGUUCCUCUCUGGUUGA